AUGUCGCUGCCGUCGCCGCCGCCGCCGUCGGGCCGCCCGCGCCGUGCGGCGUCGGCGCGUCCGGGGUCGUACGACGAGUCGCUGGUCGACACCGAGCUGCAGGCCUACCUUGGGAACUCCCCGUCGCGGCGCAUCCGGCGCCUGCGCCGCCUCUCCCCGGAGGAGCGCCAGCGCGAGACGGAGACAGAGGCGCUCAUUGCGCUCUCCCUGGGCUUCCCCAUCGACGCCCUCCUCCCCGCCGAGGAGGCCAUCCUCGCGGACGCCGAUGCCGCCGCCCCCAACGACUACAUCGUCGUCCGCAACCACAUCCUCGCCUCCUGGCGCGCCGACCCGCGGGUGCCGCUCCCCCGCGCGCGCGUGCUCGAGACCGUUGCCUCGAGCUACGACCACCUAGUCGCCGCCGCGCACGGCUUCCUCACCCGCGAGGGCCACGUCAACUUCGGCGUCUCCGCCGCCUUCCCCGCAUCCUCUCCCGCCGACGCGCUCCAGGCCCCAGCCGCUUCCGUCCUCGUCAUUGGUGCUGGCCUCGCCGGGCUCGCUGCCGCGCGGCAGCUUCUCCGCUUCGGCCUCCGCGUGCUCGUCCUGGAGGGCCGCGCCCGCCCUGGUGGCCGCGUUUACACCUCCCGCCUAGGCGGGGGCCAGGCCGCCGUCGAGCUCGGUGGGAGCGUCAUCACUGGCAUCCACGCCAACCCGCUAGGCGUGCUCGCCCGCCAGCUCGGGAUUCCUCUCCACAAGGUGCGUGACCGCUGCCCACUGUACCACACUGACGGCCGGACUGUGGGCACCAGGCUAGAUAGAAGUAUCGAUUUGGUGUUCAAUACGCUUCUUGACCACGCCACCAGGCUGCGGGAGGCUCUCAAGGAAGCCGCAGAGAGGAUCUCGCUGGGGGAAGGGAUCGAAAGGCUGAGAAGGUUGUACAAUGUGGCCAAAAGCGAGGAAGAGAGGGAGGUUCUGGACUGGCAUCUGGCAAACCUUGAGUUCUCCAAUGCUGGUUGCUUAUCGGAGCUCUCUCUGGCGCACUGGGACCAGGACGACCAGUUUGAGAUGGGUGGUGACCAUUGCUUCUUGGCUGGAGGGAAUUCGAGGCUGGUACACGCCUUAUGUGAUGGUGUACCAGUGUUGUAUGAGAAGACGGUGAAGCGGAUUGAGCAUGGAGUAGAUGGCGUGAGCAUCACAGUGGAAGGAGGGCAGGUUUUUCAGGCGGACAUGGCGCUCUGCACUGUUCCGCUUGGAGUGCUCAAGAGUGGGAGCAUUGUGUUUGACCCAGAGUUGCCUGAAAACAAGCUUGGGGCGAUUCAGAGGUUGGGGUUUGGUUUGUUGAACAAAGUGGCUAUGGUGUUCCCAUCUGUAUUUUGGGAUGAGGAAAUUGACACAUUUGGGUGUUUGAAUAAGGAGUCCAGCAAGCGUGGGGAAUUCUUUCUCUUCUACAGCUACCAUACCGUCUCUGGCGGUGCAGUACUUGUUGCACUUGUGGCGGGAGAGGCUGCUUUGGAGUUUGAAAAGGUUGAUCCUGUUGUUACACUUCAUCGAGUACUUGGUAUUCUUCGAGGUAUCUAUGGCCCAAAAGGCGUUACUGUGCCUGACCCCAUUCAAUCUGCUUGUACAAGAUGGGGUAGUGAUCCUCUCUGUUGCGGUUCAUACUCUCACAUCAGAGUUGGGUCUUCUGGAACGGACUAUGACAUUCUUGCUGAGAGUGUCAGUGAAGACCGGCUCUUCUUUGCUGGAGAAGCAACCAACCGUGCAUACCCUGCAACGAUGCAUGGUGCCUUAUUGAGCGGACUAAGAGAAGCUUCCAGAAUUCUCCGGGCUUCACAAAGCAGAGUGGAUUCCGAUCAUAAAAAGUAUGCUCUGCAGAAAAGCCUUAGACCUCCUGAUGGCAUCCUUGAAGAUCUUUUCACGGAGCCAGAUCUUGAAUUCAGCAGAUUCUCAUUCGUGUUCUCCUCCAUGACACCCGACGAUCCACAGUCUAUGGGCUUGCUCAGGAUUACACUUGAGAAUCCCCAUUUGGAAGGGGACCAAAAGGAUCAGGAGCCUGCAGCCGAGAAGGAGGCUCACCAGAAAGCUUUCCACUUAUAUGCCGCCAUCUCUCGAGAGCAGGCCAAUCAGCUGCAACUGGCAGGCGACGACGAUCGAGGUAGGUUAGAGUUGCUAUGCAAGGAUCUUAGUGUAAAGCUGAUGGGGUACGACAGUACAUGUGAUACAGGCAACUCUCUGAUUUUAAGCAUCCAAAGCGCUCAGAAAGCCAGGAAGAGGCUGCAGCGCCCGAAGGACUUCAAAUUCUGA